AUGGAAGCCGUCGGCGCUGCAUCAGCAAUCCUCUCGAUUGCGACAGCUGGGGUCCAGUGCUCCGUCCGGUUGAUCUCAUUUGCAGCACAGAUCAAGACCGCACCGGAGCGAAUUACACAUAUUGCAGAAGACGUCUCCUUGAACACUAGCAUUCUGCAGCAGGUCGGUGAGUUGAUCAAACAAAGCGCCGAUGGAGGUGAACUGCCAGGCUGCCCGGAGAAUGAAGGAGGACAAGAACAGCAUUCGAGGAUCGCCGGAGAGGGGACCAAGCCUACUGAGGCAAAGCAGGGUGUGUUCAGUGCCGCGGGAUUGGCUACAACCAUGAAGAUAGCCACUAAAUGCGAGGGUAUCUUCAGCGUUCUGGACGAUCUGCUACACAAAGCAAGUAGACAACUGAGUCAGGGACCGGGAAAGACCGUUCAAGUCAAGCUCAGCAGAGUGCAGAGACUAAAGUGGCCAUUUUUGCAACCAGAGAUGGAUACAAUACGUAAUGAGCUGAAAGACGCGAGGGGGACGUUGACAUUAAUGCUUCAAGUUGCUAUAGCCAACUGGCAAUCCCAACCCAAUACGGUGAUCAUUCCAUACUCUCGAGAAGAUCUAGCAUGGCUUAAGAGAUCGAUCGUGGCCAUUCGAAAAACACAGACUCUUGAGAGCAACCCACAGAAAGAGAGCCUAUCGACGAGCGUUGCUUCGUUUGAAUUGAAUACUUGCCAGUUUCCAGAUGUCCCCGCGACGACUAAUAGUAAAGGUUCAGAGGCAAUGUUCGACAAUACUGAUCACGAAUCGGCAUCAAAUCCUAAAACCCGAGAGCGUUCUAUAUUUGACCCAAUACCUGACCCAGACGGAAAGUUGCUGGAGCUUUUCACUUCCUCUCACAGGCAACAGGAAUGCACCCAAACUGGAGCCACUUCCGAGCCAGCAGGGCCUUCAUCGGCGACUUUAACUGUGCAUUUAUUUACCCCACAAGCUUCGAUUCAAGACAAUGAAAUCCAAGUUAACCACCGCUAUCACACAGCCAACCUUUCCUCGAAGGAGAUUAAAUCCCAACUGGAUGCAUGGAAAUAUUCUACGCCUUCUAGUAUCUGUGAGCAAUUACAGGUCCUGACGCUCAAGGAGCGUGUUGCGUUGGACACGAACAACCUCAUCUUUCACACCACACCGUAUCCAUGGCACAAGCCAAAAUUGGAAUGGAUACAUUUCGGCGAGUAUGUCCCAGUCAUCGAGGGUUUGGAGACGCCAAAAGCCAGAGCUUUGACCGUUAUUACGAGUUCAGAGACGCCAGGUCUACCGUCUCCCAGGGACCAUGGUCCUCAUUGGACCAUGGGCAAGCAGGACAAACCCGUGCCUCGUCCACAACCAGCUUUAAGGCCAAAGCUGAAAGCGGAACUAGAGGAUAUAGAUGAUACGAUUGCAGCAACCGGCGCAGGGUCAGCAGUUGCGGUCGGUGUUGCCCGCUCGGCCACAUCAUUGAAUAUUGAAACAGAAGAAGAAAACGAAGAGGAAGAGGAUCAAAACGACCAUUUAUCGGAGAAUGAUUGGGAGGUAGAAAAUGUUGUUCAAGGGCUUUUGGCCGCCUAUACUACCUGA